AUGAAACAAGAGCACGCUUCUUCACCCGCAACGCCACGAAGGCCAGGCGAGACAGUGGAAAUCCCACUGCACCUCCUCCGCUGGCUCCUUAACGAACUCGACGAAUGCGCAAGGGCCAUGCACGGCGACAAGGCCAAUGUCCUUCAAACCACAGCAGCCACCACCACCACCACCAUCAGCGGCAUCCCGGACAUCAUCAUAAGCUCCAAUGCGAAUCCUAGUCUUCUCCACAACCCUCAUCUCCAAUCGCAUAGCGACGACGACGCCGUGCACCUCCCCUCGACAGAUUUCCGACCAUACUCCGAGAUGCCGUCCCCGGGUAUCACACUGCCAGGGGACUUCCGGAUCUCUCUCUCCGGCGCCGAGGUGCAGAAACUAACAAUCUGCGCGCUCACGGCCAUGCGCAGCCUCAACGCGCGGCACUACGUGCUCCAAAACCGCUUCAAGACGCUCGAGGUGGAGUUCGCGCGGAAGCAGGAGGCGAGCGAGGAGCUCGUCACGGGCCUGUUGGAUGAGAAGGACAGUGUGGGUCGCACGUGGGCGUGGGAUGAUCCGCACGGGCUCAAGGAGAAGGUUCACGCCAGGAUCGACGGGCUUGUGCAGAGGUAUUUGAGCGCGGUGAGGGCCGCAGAGGAGGAGGCGGAUAGGGAAGGGGAGUCGGGGUUUAAUGGGUGGGCUUGA